AGGAGAAGAGAAGCGAGGAGAGGAGAAGGAGAGGAGAGGAGUCCGGGGCCUGAGGCUGAGGAAAUCCGCCGUCGCCGCCGUCGCCGCAGUGUGGAGCCGUCAAUGCCAUGUGAUGUGGCGCUUCGUCGAGGCAGCCUUCCAAACAAGCCCCCGGGACAGGGUCUGGGACAUACAGUGGCAGCAUUUCAGCUGACAUAGAGACCGGAACCAAAGGGGGCUGCACAGGUGGGGACGUAGAGUGGUGAGGCAGAGGGACAAAUGGAGAGAACGGAGCGGAGGUACCUCAACGCGGAGAGCGAGGAUGAGAUGGUGGUGUGGGGUUACCGGCCCUGCUGGUGGAGAAUGGGUCUGGUGGGCCUGGGGACCCUGUGCAGCGGUGGACUCCUCCUCCUCUUCCUCUACUGGGUGCCACGGUGGAGCAUCAAAUGUACAUGUCGCCUGGUCUCGCUCAGAGAGGCUUCCGUGCUGCUGCUCCAGACCACCGACGAGUUCCGCACUUGUUACCGUGUCCGCGUGCGCAGCAUGGCAGCCCCGGGACAUGACCCCCUGGCCGCUCCGCACCCUGGUGACUGGAAGGAGCCCGCCUGCAGCCCGCCCACCCCCGUCAUCCAGAGAGCCGAGUACGAGAAGGAUCUCUUGACCAAGGCUCCGGAUCCUGGCGAAGUUCAGAUCCGUUACGUCGACCACCAGGAGGUGCGGUACGUGUGGAGCCCGCAGCGGCAGGAGUUCCGCCGGCUGACGGCACUGGACCAAGGCGUGCCCUGCUCCGACAUCCACGGGCGGCACGCGGCCGGGCUGCCCGCUCGCCACCAGGAGCAGCGGAAGCUUUUCUACGGAGAGAACCAGAUUGAUGUGAAAGUGCCUUCCAUCCCCCACCUCCUGGUGAAAGAGGUGCUGAACCCAUUCCACGUUUUCCAAACCUUCAGCGUGAUUCUGUGGUCCUGCAACGAAUAUUACCAGUACGCAACGGCCAUCGUCAUCAUGUCUCUCCUCUCCAUCUGCAUCUCCCUCUACUUCAUCAGAAAGCAAUACACACUGUUACACGACAUGGUGGCAGCGCACAACGUAGUACGAGUGAAAGUCUACCGCGGCAACGGUGUGAGUGAGGAAAUGUUCUCCACCGACCUGGUGCCGGGUGACGUGGUUCUCAUCCCGAUCGGUGGCAUGCUGAUGCCCUGCGAUGCCGUGCUGGUCACUGGGACCUGCGUGGUUAAUGAGAGCCUGCUGACCGGGGAGAGCGUGCCGGUGAUGAAGACCAGCUUGCCGGAGCCGGGCCGGGGAGUGGGGGCAGCACCAGAGGAGGUCUACAGCGUGGAGGCGCACAAGAGGCACACCCUGUUCUGUGGCACCGCCGUGGUGCAGACACGCUUCUACAGCAGCGAGCCCGUCAAGGCCGUGGUCGUUCGCACAGGUUUCUAUACCUCAAAAGGGCAGCUGGUCUGCUCCAUCCUCUUCCCAAAGGCAGCCGACUUCAAACUGUACCGCGACGCCUACCGCUUCCUGCUUGGCCUGGUGGCCGUGGCUGCUGUCGGCAUGGUUUACAGCAUCGUCCACAGCUGCCAGAUGGGGGAGGACGUGGGCACCAUCAUCGUGAAGACGCUGGACAUCAUCACCAUCACGGUGCCCCCGGCUCUGCCGGCAGCCAUGACCGCCGGCAUCAUCUACGCCCAGCAGCGGCUGCGCAAACAGCGCAUCUACUCCAUCAACCCCCAGCGCAUCAACAUGUGUGGCCAGCUCAACCUCGUCUGCUUCGACAAGACAGGAACGUUGACCGAGGACGGUCUGGAUGUCUCGGGCUUCCUCCGGGUCCAUGAGGGCAGGUUCCUCUCCCUGGAGCGCGACGUGUCCACCCCGAGUCUGGUCCGGUCCAGCUUCAUCGCGGCCAUGGCCACCUGCCACUCGCUGACCAACAUCGACGGGAAGCUUUCCGGGGACCCCCUGGACUGCAAGAUGUUCGAGGCCACUGGCUGGGUCCUGGAGGAGCCCACAGCCGAGGAGACAGCCCUGCACGACCAGAUCAUGCCCACGGUGGUGCGCCCCGCUGCCUCCGCUGCCUCCGCCACCCCGAGCUGCGGCGAUGCUGACAUGGAGCUCCAGGAGCUGAUGAACUCCUACGAGAUCGGAAUCGUCAGCCAGUUCCCCUUCUCCUCGGCUCUGCAGCGUAUGAGUGUGGUGACCAGCAACCUGGGCCAGCGGCGACUAGUCGCCUUCAUGAAGGGGGCGCCCGAGACGGUGGCCGGGCUCUGUAAGAAGGAGACGGUGCCCGAUGAUUUCUCGCCGGUCCUGGAGAAGUUCACCAGGCAGGGGCUGCGGGUGAUAGCCCUGGCUCGCCGCAAGCUGGAAGCAAAGAUCACCUGGCACAAGGUGCAGACCAUCAACAGAUCUGUGAUCGAAGCCAACAUGGAGUUCCUGGGCCUGAUCAUGAUGCAGAACAAGCUGAAGCCUCGCUCCAUCCCCGUCAUCCGCGAGCUUCAGAGCGCCCACAUCGCACGGUUGAAUGGCGGUGCUAGCUGGAAGGGCCGCAUGGCCUUCUCCUGCACCUCUUUUUCUAUGCUUCCAUCGCUUGUGAAUUUGUGUUUGCCAGGAGACAACAUGCUGACGGCCCUCUCUGUGGCUCGCGAGUGUGGGAUGAUCCCCCCGCACGGCAAGGUGGUCAUCACGGAGGCCGUGCCCCCCAGGGACGGGCAGGUGGCCACCAUCAGCUGGCAGUACGCUGACGACACAGCGGGCUGGGUGGCAACGCAUGACACUAAGGACAUCCAAAUCAAAGUGGAGGACGACACCUCGAAAGACGGGCUCUUGGACACCUGCUACCACUUUGCCAUGAGCGGCAAGACCUUCCAUGUGAUCACAGAGCACUUCCCCGACCUGCUUCCCAAGCUUCUCCUGUGCGGCACAGUCUACGCCCGCAUGGCCCCUGAUCAGAAGACCCAGCUGGUAGAGGAGUUCCAGAAAGUGGAGCAGUACCAAUCCUUCACACUCACCCGAGGAUUCUCCCCUGCUGUUUGUGGUUAUUUCAGCGUUCAACGUAAUCCUAAACCCCUCGUGAACACUCCUCCCGAUUGUAAUGGCCCUGCGGCGAGCUCAUGCCGGCAUCUCCCUGUCGGAGCUGGAGGCCUCUGUGGCGUCGCCCUUCACAUCGAAGACGCCGGACAUCUCGUGCGUGCCCGUCCUCAUCAGCCCCGGGCAACGGACUUGCGGCGCAGUUUGUCAUCGCCGUUUGUUUUCCAGAUCGAGGGCAACCUGGGCGACAGUCAGUUCCUCUUCAUCGACCUGGCGAUCAUCAUGAGCGUCAUGUUCACGAUGAGCUUGAACCCAUCCUGGAAGGAACUCGUCCCACGCCGACCACUGACUAGCCUGAUCUCCGUGCCCGUACUGCUGUCCAUGAUACUACAGACCCUCCUCACGCUUGCCUUUCAACUCACCGCCUUCCUGCUGGUCAAGGAGCAGCCCUGGUACGAGUCUGGAACCCCCACCGCCAAUGUGUGUCGUGUGAACUGGACUGGUGAGCUGCCUGACGCGGGCUUCGCCACUCACAACGUCACGGGGGAGGACGAGGAGGAAGACUACAUCACCAACUACGAGAACACCACCAUCUUCUUCGUCUCCUGUUGCCAGUAUCUGGCAGUUGCUUUCGCCUUCUCCAAGGGGAAGCCUUUUCGGCAGCCCGUCUACAGAAACUACUUCUUCAUGAGUUGCAUUCUCUUCUUUUACGGCUUCUUUGGCCUGAUUAUGAUGUACCCGACCGACGUCGUCGAUGAUUUCUUCGAGCUGGUCUGUGUCCCCUUCGACUGGCGGAUGAAGAUGCUGCUCUUAAUCGUGGCCAACCUCAUACUUUCCAUUCUCGUCGAGAAUUUCAUCUGCGACUACGACGGCUGGUGGCUGCGAUUCCCCUGCACUCCGAGUCCCAGAGAGGGUCCAGUGUCCGACAUGGCCACGCAGGUGGACGUGGACUCUGCUGGACGUCCCGGAGCGGGGGGAGAGUGGGGCGGGCCGGCCAAGCCCCCCAAGGACCAGUACAAGCUGCUGGCCCGAGAACUGCCGCUCGACCCCGACUGGCCCCUACCGCCGUGGACCGGACGGCGCAGCUGAGACACCAACGACGCCUGCCUCUCCUGACCAGGCCCAUAGACCCUGCCAGGCCAGUCCUGCCCAGUGUGAUAGUCCCUGACCACCUUGACCAGUGUGAUAGUCCCUGCCCCAACCCAGACCACCUUGACCGUCACAGACCACCUUGCCCUGUGUGAUAGUUCCUACCCCCUAAACGAAGGUGGGGGGGGGGGGGGAGUGAGGUUGGGCGGAUAGUGGACAAAGCUCGGACCCCCAGCCCCUCCCUGGCAGGUACCGGCCUCUCCUCCCAGGCACAUUCUCUGAGCACAUGACACCAGGCACGAGGGAGGGUCACACAGCCCCCAUCCCCCAUUCUUUUAACAAGGUUUUAAAGAGUACAAAGCAAUCUUUUGACCACCUUCCAUCCACGUGGAAUAGACGUUUAAAGAAAAAAAAAUAAUCAAAGCACACACGACUCUUCCCGGGGGGGAGGGGCGGAAAGGCAGCUUCCUUUCGUCAGGGUCAGGGGUUGCGACCCCCGUCAGGAGCUCUGACCCCCAUCCUCGGACUCAA